AUUGUGUCACAUCAGUUUCAUCUAACAGAGCAACGAUGCAGUGGAGUCUUUUUGUGCUCAUUCUGAUGGGUCAGUGUUUCAUCUUCAAAUGUCACCUCUAUGAGUACCACUUCAUUCAAAAGGAAAUGUCCUGGGAUGAAGCCCGGAGUUAUUGCAGAGAGCAUUUCACUGACCUGGCCACAGUGUCUGACAUGAGAGACGUGGAGAGACUGCGUAACUCUUCACAGACUACAGACGCCUGGAUUGGGCUGCACAAACCAUGGCGCUGGUCUCUGCCGGGGGUGGAGUACAACGAAUCUGAGGCACUGUGGGAUAAUGGAGAGCCAAACGAUCCUGAGAACUGUGUUAAGAUGGAUGAGAAUGAUGAUCGCAAAUGGGAUGUUGAAUCUUGCACUGAAGAUAAUAAAUUCAUCUGCUACAAUGAAACAGGGCAACAUAAAUACUCUGUAAUUGAUGAAUCAAAGAACUGGCUUCAGGCUCAGAGCUACUGCAGAGAAAAGCACACUGACCUGGUCAGUGGACUUGAACAGAUCAGAUCAGAAGAAUUCACAACAUUGAUCGAUCAGAGCUCUGACGAAGAUCUGUGGAUCGGCCUGUUCAGAGACACCUGGAGUUGGUCAGAUGGGAAGAAUUUCUCUUUCAGAAACUGGGAUCCGGACUCAUUGGAAGAUGAAGGAAACAAGCAUUGUGCUAUGACUACUAAACCAAAUGGAAAAUGGAGCUCCGACAUCUGCACAAAUCAAAAACCCUUCUACUGCUAUGACGACAAAGUGAUCCUGAUCAAAGAGAAGAAGACUUGGGAUGAGGCCUUGGAUUACUGCAGAGAGAACUACCAUGACCUGGUCUCCAUCACUGACAGUCACCAGCAGAAAUUGGUCGAAAAGAAAGCCAAGAUGGCCGACACUGAGUUCGUCUGGCUGGGAAUGCGCUACACCUGCACUCUGGAUCUGUGGUUCUGGGUCAGUGAUCGUCUGGUCUGCUAUGACAACUGGGCCCAAGAAGAGAAGAUUGAGGGUUGUGACAGGGCCACAGCCAUGAAGAGAGAUGGGAAGUGGUAUGAAAGGAGAGAAGGGGAAUCUCUUAAUUUUAUCUGCGCAUUAUAGUAGGCCUACAUUUUUUAAACCCACCGGUGUAUUUAUAUAGGCUUACUCUACACUGACUGUUCUCUGGGUUUUUUAAUGGCACAAUGACAGGUAAAUAAAUCACAAUCUGAAGAUGGUAGAACAUCAUUUAUGAAGGUAUCACUUAAUGCAGAUUAGUCAUUGAGAAAUUCCGGGGACAUGAUUUAUUUUCAGUUCCUUCCUUUAUAAUAGCCGGGGUGAGAUAACUACAGACAGC